GCUAAGCAACCGCAAGAGAACUAGAAAGGAUAUUUUAUUUUCUUCCCAAGAGAGGACUGCUAAGAGGUCAAAGGGGAAUUAGGUAAAAGAGAGAAACCUCAGUUUCGUGAGAAGUCAAGAGUAGGAAAGGAAAGGGGAAACACUGAAGAAAGGGACAGAAAUACUGGUAUAGUGAGAAAAAAGUUAACUAUUUUUAAGGAGUCAUUUUGGUGACCAUGGAUACAACUUGCUUUUCUGAGAGCAUUUAUAACCUCAUACCCAGUGACUGCAAGGAGCCUCCUCAGCCUCCUAGGUACACAUCCAUUUUUAAGGCAUCUAUUAAAGAUAACAUGCAAAAACAUAAAACUCCAAUGAAGACUAUGGGGCCACCAAAAGUUGAAGUACCUUCUCCAAAUAAUUUCCUGAAGAAACAUUCAAAGGAAAAAACUCUACCACCCAAAAAAAAAUUUUAUUGGAAUGAGCCCAGAAAGCCUCCUGUGCCACUGAGGACUGACAUUCCAGUCAUGGGAAUACAGAGCAAAAAAAAUUUUAUAAACAUGAAUGCAGCCAAUGUCAUUAUGGGAGUGGCUAAGAAGCCUAAACCAAUUUACGUUGACAAAAGAACUGGAGACAAGCAUGAUCUUGAAACUUCAGGACUAUUUCCAAAAUACAUCAAUAAAAAGGAAUAUGGUGUCACACCUGAGUAUAUAUGUAAGCGAAAAGAGGAAGUAAAGAAAGCCCAAGAAGAAUAUAAUAAUUUUAUCCAGGAAAACCUUAAGAAAGCAGCUAUGAAAAGGCUAUCUGAUGAAGAAAGGGAGGCGGUUCUUCAGGGACUGAAGAAGAACUGGGAAGAGGUACACAAGGAUUUCCAGUCCCUCUCCGUGUUUAUCGAUUCCAUACCGAAGAAGAUGCGCAAGCAGAAGCUAGAAGAAGAAAUGAAGCAGCUGGAACAUGACAUUGGUGUCAUUGAAAAGCACAAAAUUAUUUACAUUGCCAAUAAGAAAUAACGGAUUUCUAAAACAGAGUUAUUUUAACAUAGGAAAAAAAGUCCCAGAAAACAUAAACAUGAAACUUUGCUUUUCAGAGAAGAAAAUACUGUGAAAGAGAAUAAAAAUAGUUUUUACCAAAACA